AUGAUGCAAUUGAUUUUCACAAAAGAAGAUCUGUUUAGAUGUAUUCAAGUAUUACAAAGUGUAGCUGCUGGUAGGAAUACCCUUCCAAUAUUAUCGAAUGUCCUGAUUCGUGCAACGAACGGACAAAUCGAAAUUGCAGCAACCGAUCUUGAAGUUAGCAUUCAGACCGUUGUCCCCGGUACUAUCGUUGACGAAGGUGCCAUUACCGUAUCAGCAAGAAAGCUGUCUGAAAUUGUACGUGAGUUGCCAGACCAAGAAAUAAGGCUUUCAACAACGGCAAACGAUCGAAUCGAAAUUACCUGUGGAGAAGGCGUUUAUAAAAUUAUCGGACUUCCUGAUGAUGAGUUUCCUGCGCUUCCCUCAAUUAGCGGAGCGUUUUUUACAAUUGAUGGUGAAUUGCUCUGUUCGAUGAUUGAUAAAACCGAGUUUUCUGCUUCCACUGAGGAAACGCGAUACUUCUUGAAUGGACUUUAUUUUGAUCUGACACCCGAAAUAACUCAGAUUGUUGCAACUGACGGACGACGCCUUGCUGUCGCAUCUAGUGAUGCACUGAUACCGCCACCUCAAGAACCGAUAGGAAUUAUCGUUCCACUCAAAGCGGUCCGGGAGAUUACCAAAACCUUUGCAGAAUCAGCGGAGGUUAAAGUCUGCUUGUUAGAAAACCAGAUUGUUUUCGCUGAUGAUGAUUCCACUUUGACCUCUCGAUUGGUUGAGGGAGAAUAUCCCAAGUACCAACAGAUUAUCCCCAGUGAUAACGAGGUUCACCUGACACUUAAUGUCGAUAAGAUGCUGGGUGGGUUGAGGCGAGUGGCACUGUUAUCCAAUCCGAAAACCUACUCAAUUCGUUUGGAUGUUCAGGACGGUAAAGUGAGAAUCUCUGCUAAGGCACCCGAGCUGGGAGAGGCGUAUGAAACGGUAGAUGUCGAAAGUGGUGAUGGGGAGAUUCAGAUCGCUUUUGAUGCGCGUUUCCUCGUGGAAGCCGUGGGACAUAUCCAAGCCGAAGAUUUCCGUUUGGAACUCAAAGAUUCCCUCAGUGCGGCUGUCUUAAAACCUGCUGGCGAUGAUGGGCAUCUCUGCUUAAUCAUGCCGAUGCGGCUUGAUUCAUAA